CCUUGAUCUACUUUCUAUUUUUCACAACAUAACACUAAAGGGAGGCCAGGGCUCCGUAACAUCCUUCAUUGCUGGUUCUUCUGGCGUCCUGGGAAAGCAGCAUAGCCGCAGACGGCCGCCCUCAUUGUCGCGCUCGCACAGCCUUGUUUGGGACAAAGUAUAUCCAAGAAUACGAAAAACCACGUUUAUUUGAAGUCAUAGUUUUCCUCAAAAGUUUCCUCGGGAACCUUUCAACUUGCGAUUGCUGACCUCGCGCGGGGUCCUAGCUUUUGCUCUCAACCUAUUCGAACUAUAAACAUGAAGCGGAAGGCUGAUGGCGCGGAGUUUGGCCCCCCUGGCGGUGGUAGAGGCCGGGGCAGAGGGCCACCCCGUUAUGGCCAAGGCCCCAUGGGAGGGCGCGGCGGUCCCUAUGAGCCGGACAUCAUGCAUGGUCCCCCGCCGCCUCGGGGUAUGCCCAUGAUUCCCCCACCCGGCCCCGCUGGCGCCAUGCCCGCCCCCGCGCUGGUCCCUCUCCCCGACGAGCCGAUCAUGCUGCAAGAGGUGCUACUCUCAAAGCGCCUGGCGGGCGUGCUCAUCGGCACGGGCGGCAGCAAUGUGUCAAUUGUGCGUCGUGAGUCCCGGUGCAAGGUACACGUCUCGGAGGCUCGCGGCCCCGAGCAGAUGCAGGCGGUGGAGCUGACAGGCACCGAGAAGCAGAUCUCUGCGGCCGUUGCUGCCAUCCGCCGCAUCUUGGCGGAGUACGACCCCGAGCACAAGGUGGACAUGAAGCCCAGCGUGGAGACGACGGUGGAGAUUUUCCCCGAGAUGGUCGGCUCGGUGCUCGGCAAGGCGGGUGCCACCAUCAAGGUCAUCCGCCAGAAGUCCGGCGCGCACGUCCGUGUGGAAGACCUGCAGCCCGGGGAGCGCAUGCAGCUGGUGCUCAUCAGCGGCUCCAUCGAGCAGGUCAAGAUCGCGUACAUGGAGGUCAAGGGCAUCAUCGACCGCUUCGACCCGUCCAAGGUCAAGGGCGGAGUUGCGCCCAUGAUGCCUCCCGGCCCGCCCGGCCCGCGCGGCGCCAUGCACCCGCACGGCCCCGGCGGCCGCUACGGCCCCCCUGGCCCUGACGACCGCUUCGGGCCCCACGACCCCCGCGCCAGGGCGCCCGGACCCGGACCCGAGUGGUACGAGGACGGUUACGACUACCCGCCGGGCCCAGAGGGGCCGCCGUUCGGACCCAUGGGACGCAUGGACGGCGCCGGACCCCGGCCUGGUGGCCGUCCCGGCGCUCCCGGGCCUUACGGGCCGAUGCGUGGGAGCCCUCCUCCGGGUGCGGGUGGUCGCUACGGUCCCAUGGGUCCUGACGGCGCGCCGGUGGGGGCUCCUCAGCGUGGGGAGAUGGGUCCCGGAGGUUACGGCGGGGGACCGGGUCCGGAGAGCGGCUACCGGGGGGGGGCUGGCGGGUAUGGUGGCGGCCCCGUGCAAGACCCACGCAUGGCUCCUGGCGGCACCAACGGUGUCGCUGCCCAGCCUCAGCCAGCUGCGCAGCCCUACCCCGCGCAGCCCACUGUCGUGCAGCUGCCGGCGCAGCAGGUGCCCGCGCAGCCGGCCGCCGGGGUGGGCCAGGUGGGCCCUGUGGUGCUCAUGCUGCAGCCCGACGGCACCUACAAGCCCGCGCAGGUGGUGCUGUACAACCCCGCGGCGCCGCAAGCCAACGUGGCGGCCCCCCAGGCGAUGCAGCUGAUGCAGCAGCCGCAGGUGCAGCAGGUGGGCAUGGCGGCGGCUGCGGCGCCGGGAGCUCAGCAGCUGACCGCUGUGACCAUGCCGUCCGGCCAGGUUGUGUACAGCACCGCCGGCGGCGCUAUGUUCGACGCCAGCGCGCUGAGCCAGCUCUCCUCCUCCAUCACCGCAUUUGCGCAGCAUGCGCAGCACGACACGCAGCACCACCAGCAGCAGCAGGCUGUGGCGUCCGCAGCGCCGGCCGCCGCUGCGGUGCCCGCGGCCCCCACCGCCGCGCCUGUGAACUACGGCAUGUACGCCGCUCAGGCGCAGCAGCAGCAGCAGCCCAACCAAGCGCAACCUCAGCAGCCCCAACAAGCGCAGCAGCAGCAACAGGCCGCAACCGCCCCGCAACAGCAACAACAACAACCGCAGGCCCAGACGCAGCAGCAGCAGCAAACCGCGGCAUCGGCUUACGGCGCCUACGGUCAGACGAUGGCGACCGCGUCCAUGUAUCCGGGGAUGGUGGGUGUGGCCGGGGGCUACAACAUGACUGCAGAGCAAAUGCAGGCUUACAUGAGGGGGCAAUAUGGGGCGGCGCAGCAGCAGCAAGCCGUGCACCAGGCGUAUAACCCGUAUGCGGCUUACCCGCAGUACGCGCAAAUGUACGCUCAGGCCCAGCAGCAAACACAGGCCGGACAGCAGAAACCUGGUCAGGGUGACUCAGCGCAAGCCGCGGCGGGUGGCGCGGCAGCGCAGCAGCCUCAGCAGGCCGGGCAGCAGGGUGGGAUGGUGAAGCCGGAACAGCAAGGUCAAACGGCCCCCCAGGCAGCACAGACCCAAUCAGCGGCUGCGCAGCAGGCCCAAUACCCGUACCAGUAUAACACUGCCGCGUAAAUGCCCUUUCCUUUGGCUCCCUUGUUACCCUUGAAAGCAAACCGGUGUUCAGCCGGAGUAGGUAACUCUGGCGUGAAGGUUCAGGCAUCCACCACGCAUCCAUCAACGCCUCAAAGGGCAAAGGAAGGACGGGAAACGAUAGCGCCAACGCUUUGGGAUUGCCUCUGCUUGGACAAGGUAACUCUAACUACCUCGAAGAACUGGAGGAAAGCACACAAGGAUACGCGGCUGCUGGUUUGUUAAGUGUUCGGCUCUUGACGAAGGUUUGGGGGGGGGCAUGUAGUAACGGGAGAACUUUCUGCGGUUACUGGGGCAAAACGUAAGUGGAAGGUUUUAAAAGGUACGGCUGAAAGCACGCCAGCGAGCUUACGGGUCAGUCGUUAGCAUGGACGUAUGCCUUGCGUGUGCCUAAAUUAUUUCUAGGCGCUUUAAUCUUUUGGCGUGUGUUGGUUACUUCGCAGUAUGGCCCAGUGCAGCGAAUGCUUGGCACGUUGCUCCUUGUCUCGGAAGUGUGUGAAAUGGGAAUAACGUUUAACAUUUGAAGCACCUAGAAAACCAUGGCAGGGGUACCCAGCAUCCGCAGGGCCUUCUGCAAAUCAUCUAGGGGUGUCAUCGGUCACGAAAAUAGUCAAGUCUGUCUCGUAAAGUCGGAAGUAAAGUCGGGAUUAACCGCCCACCUUGGGGCACUACGUGUAGUUUGAUGUUUGUGUUUGAAGGAAGCGUGCAGAUGUCGUUUAUAACCCGGGAAAGGCGUGGAAAGGGCUGCUUGAGAAAGCUGAAGACAGCUGUGAAGCGCCUGGAGAAACGGCAAUAAAUUGUAAAUGGAGCAAAUGUGAAGUAUCAACAAGUUAACCCUCGGCGGGUUUUCUGCGAUAAUGCGUAUCCGGGUACGACGUGCGACAUACAGGGCCCUUCUUUUGAAACGGGAACGUGUUUGCUUCAUGAACAUUACGCAGGCUAGGGAAUCCCCUUGUACUGAACGACAACUGUCAACCAGGUUAGCCUUGUUAAGAUACACCGUGCCUUUUUAGGUUGUGUGCAUGUUGUUUGCGCGUAUGUCACAUGGGUAAGGGUGGGUUUCCGAGGUUCGGGGUGCCACGUGCGAUUGUCUCGUGUCAACUAUGAAGUCUGUUGCAUGCUUGUUGGUAUCAGCGUGUUCACCACCUUCCUAGUGUGCCAGCCGCAGCUACAUACCGCACCAGGAAAUGUCAAACAUGGGCAGCCUCGCCUACGUAAAACUCCCACUUGGGCACACAAUACCGGUAAACCUUACGAUUGUAACCCAUGCGAAGUCCCAAAGGGCUCUCGAUCAUUAACUGCACUGGUAGUUCUGUCCACCCCUCUGCUGAACACUGCGUGCAGACCCCACGGUUUCGGCCCACCAGCAGCUCACGGUCAGCACAAAACCGGCGGUCACUUAAUUUUGGUCACAGUUCAAUGGAUGUGGCUUAAUGGGCCUGCCUUCGUGCCCCUAACAAUGGCCUUUUGGGAGAGUGUCCGCCUGCCCGCAGGCGUGCCACACGCAGCCGCCGGAGGAGUGGAGGAGCGGCUCAGGGAGGGAGGGCAGUCCGCGGCACCUAUCCGUGGCUGAGAACACAGCGGUAUGGUCAGGGCUGGUGAGCCCUAGGCACUUGCAUGCGCUCUACUGUAACCCGCUGCAUGCUCCUCAUUGCCGCAAUACCUCUUCAUGAAGGGCCUGACGCGGAUGAUGCAUCUGCCACAUAUGCUGCUAGGGCUUGGUCGCGUUUUAUUCUGUCUCUUUGCGCUGCUAUCUCUUCAUAUAUGCCUUGCUUAUGUGUCGCUUGUGAGCACGUAGGAUAGGGGUACUGCCGUAAACCCCUGCAUGUCCUGUUGUUACCGUUCGGUGCAUUUGAUAGCAUUUUUUACGCGUGGACUGUGACAAAUGGGUUCUUGCUACAUA